GCUCCGUCGUCGUACUCUUUCCUCUUCCUUCUGUAUCAUACGUCUAUCUUGCUUAGCUUCGUCUUCGUCUCCAACAGCUCUUUCCUUCCUCAUCUGCUUCCUCCUCACUCUCUCAACAUCCACCCAGAUGCGCUCAACUCUUGCGGGCAUUCCCACCGCCCUCUGGGCACUGGCGAUUCUUCCUGCCGCCGUCUCAGCUGCGACUUGGUCUAUGACAGACUACUACAGCCCACAGUCUUUUCUCACCGAUGAAUGGAAUUACUGGGACAAGGCCGACCCUAAUGGCGGUCUCGUCACAUACCAGAAUAUGGAGGAUGCUGUGGCAAUGAACUUGAGCUACAUCAACGAUAACAAUGAAUUCGUCAUGAGGGUGGACACUACAGCGACGCAACUUGAAGGCAGACCCUCUGUCCGUAUCUUUUCGAACAAGAACUUCACAGAUGGACUCUACAUUCUCAAUGCCACUCACACACCCACAGGAUGCAGUGUCUGGCCCGCCUGGUGGACAGUCACCUCCGACAUCGACAAUUGGCCAAACGGAGGAGAGAUCGACAUCAUGGAAAAUGUCAACGAUCAGUACACUGCCAAUCUCGGAGUCGUUCACACCAACGCCACCUGUAACGUCGCCUCUGCUGACACAACCAUGACAGGCACUCUCCAGUACACGAAUUGUACCGCGGACACUGGCUGUCGUGUCCUCAUGAACGGAACGAACGCAGUCGGCGAGACUGCCACUGGGUUCAACAAGGCCGGAGGCGGGAUCUACGCAAUGGAGAGGACCCUUGGCGAUACUGGCAAAGGCAUCCGCAUGUGGUACUUCAGCAACGACGAUGUACCUGAGGGCCUUUCGGACAACGCUACCUCCGUAGACACAGAUGCUUGGCCCACGCCAGCAGCCGACUUCCCCGUCACCGACUGCCGCUCUCAAUUCGGAGCUCAUCAGAUUGUCUUCACUACUACUCUUUGUGGUACUUGGGCCAAUUCCGUCUACGGAGACACUUCCUGUGCAGCCACUUACGGCAGCUGUUCUUCCCAGGUCGCUUACAACGGCUCCUCGUACGAAGAGGCCUACUGGGCUGUCAACCACAUCAAAGUCUUUGCUUCUGGCGGGGGCACUGAAGCUGCGUCGCCAGCUGAGAAUGCUGCUUCCUCCUCCUCGGAUGGUAGUGCCACUAGCAGCACUAGCACCGCAAGCAGCACUAGUAGUACCAGCGGAGCGAGCCGGUCCGCGGCCCUCUCUUCGGUCGUACUGGCCUUCAGUAUGGUCGGAGGAUUGGCUGCUUGGAGCUUUGCCGCCUAAAGAGAAAGCUAUGAUCGACUCCUUGCCAUGGGCAGUGGAUCUUCGAAGCGACCGAACUCUUCUGCCUAACACGCCUUGCUCCCUUUGCCACGAUACUAUGUACCCGCUACCACUCACUACCCUACAUUGACUCCUUGAAUCCUUCGUUCUACUGCCACUCCUCCAAACCCGUGUAAAUUGCCCCUCUCACCCUCGUUCUGAAUCGCAAAUAGUUGUACUUGCAAAUGGAAUCGCUUGACUA